UAUUGGGCCAAUCAGAUCGCGCGGAUUACCACAGCGCUGUUGUGAAACGGAGGCGUGAUUGCUAUUUAAACCAACUGCCCACCUUCAGCACGCACAUAGGUUCUGUCAACGACAUUUACUGUGGUGAAUACUUUUGAGGACAGAUCUAGACUCGCCAAAAUGAGUGACAACAAUCCCGUCAAAGAGGAAGUGAAGCAAUUUGACAAGAAAUGCCUGAAAAAGACGAAUACAGCAGAGAAGAACACUCUGCCGACCAAAGAGGAUAUUGAGCAAGAGAAAAAGGCUGUACAGGCGACAAAAUGAAUCUUAACCUGUCACCACUCCUCUUUCUUCCUGUCCCACCCCCUUUGACUGGACCACCUACUUCUGCAUAUAAGAUCAUAUUAAAAUCAUUGUCAUUUUUUACUGUACAAGAUGAAAACUGUAUAAUCGUGUUUUAAUUGCAGCUGUGGAUAUUUUAAGUCUUUUAUCAUGUUAUUUUGAGAGGAGACUGACGUUUUUGCAGCCUUCUGUCAUUAACAUAUCAUGACUGUCAAUGCAACUCGUGUCACCUGAAUCUGUUAUUAUUCUUGAUUGGUUAAUCUUAUAAAUAACAUGCAAGAUGAUAUUUUUGUUUUAUAAAUAAUAAUAAAGUUUUAAAAUGUA